UCAAGAAGCGUUUGAGCAGUAAAAAUCCCAAAAUACAACUCCUGGCUCUUUUUGCAUUGGAGACUCUCAGCAAAAAUUGCGGUGAAAGUUUAUUUCAGCAGAUCAUUGAGCGAGAUAUUUUGCAUGAAAUGGUGAAGAUAGUGAAGAAGAAGCCUGACUUAAAUGUCAGGGAAAAGAUACUGAUUUUGAUUGAUAUGUGGCAAGAAGCUUUUGGCGGUCCAAGUGGAAGAUUCCCCCAGUUCUAUGCAGCAUAUAAUGAACUAAGGUCUGCUGGAGUUGAAUUUCCGCCACGGGAAGAGAAUAGGGCACCCCUGUUCACUCCUCCUCAAACCCAGCCGAUUGUUUACCCUACUGCAGAAUAUGAUGAUGCUGCAAUUCAAGCUUCUCUUCAGUCGGAUGCUUCUGGCCUUAGCCUGCCAGAGAUUCAAAGUGCUCAAGGACUAGCUGAUGUAUUGAUGGAAAUGCUCAGCGCUUUGGAUCCAAAAAAGCCUGAGGGUGUGAAGCAAGAAGUAAUUGUUGACCUUGUUGAUCAGUGCCGCUCUUACCAAAAGCGGGUCAUGCUUCUUGUGAAUAAUACUGCGGAUGAGCAACUUUUGAGCCAGGGAUUGGCACUGAACGACAGCCUGCAACGUGUACUUGGCCGACAUGAUGAUAUUCAAAAUGGAACUCUUAAUUCAGGUGCAACUGCGAGAGGAACAGAAACCUCUGUUCUUCCGCUUGUCAAUGUAAACCAUGAGGAUGAUGAGUCGGAAGAUGACUUUGAUCAGUUAGCUCACAGGUCAAGGGAUACUCAUGCACUGGGUCGUAAGCCAGCCAAUGACAAGGCAGAAAGUGUGAGAAUAAAUCAAAUUCUUCCCCCACCACCAGCAUCAAGGAAGCCUGUAGUCUCUGAUUCUGGCAUGGUUGACUAUCUUAGUGGUGACGCCUACAAAGUAGACAGCUCAGAAAGCCCCAUUUCGGUUCCAUCUCAUUCUAGCCCUUGUCCUUCAUCACCCCCUUCUCAUGGCAUGAGCACGUCGUCGCCAACUUUUACCAGACAAGCCGUGUAUGAUGAACCGUCUCCCCUUAGCAAAUCAGAUCACCUUCCUCCAGCUCCCUGGGACACCCAAUCUUCUGGAGUACUUCCACCCCCACCAUCAAAGUAUAACCAGAGACAACAGUUUUUGAGCAGCAAGGCAGGUCAUUCAAGUAGCGGAUCCAAUUCCUCUUACGAUAGCUUGGUGGGACACGCGCAGAAUUUGUCUUUGAAUUCAUCUACCCCAGCCAAACAAGAGAAGCCAGAAGAUGCCCUUUUCAAAGACCUGGUUGACUUUGCUAAAUCGAAGACUUCUUCGUCUUCAAAACCAAAUAGGUCAUAUUGAGAAGUUGUGUUUGUAUUGCUUUUGGUGGUACAGCUUCCAUGCAUAUUGAUCGAGUUUUGCCUCAUAUCUGAGAUGACUAUUUCAUGCUUGCCCUUAGGAACCGUCGUAUGCGAUUUUUCCCCGUGCAUGUGUCUAGUUUAAUCCAUUUGAUGCAUAUAUUCAUGUAUAUUAUUGGUCAUAAAGAAUUUGGUGACUCGUGUUUUCAAUAAUAUUGGAUUCUUAGCAUCCAAGUUUCCUGAA